AUGCUAACCAGAAUCCUAAGACACAGGGCUACCAUGCCUCUUGCCAUCAGCUCGGUCGCUAUUGCAGCCGCCUUCUACAAUACUAGCACCUUGAGAAACGAAACUUUGAAGACUUUCAACGGCGACGGAACCUGGGUAGACCUACCCAUUUCUAAGAUCGAGGAAGUCUCGCACGACACCCGUCGAUUCACAUUCAAUUUGCCUGAGGAAAACCAACUAACCGGUCUGAUCACUGCAUCUGCGUUGUUGGCCAAGCUCCAGACUGCCAAGGGCAACAACGUCAUCAGACCUUACACUCCAGUCAGCGACGUGAGCGCCAAAGGCCACUUCGAUUUGGUCAUCAAGCACUACGACGGUGGUAAGUUCACUGAGUUGCUAUUCGCUAAGAAACCCUCCGACACGGUCGCCUUCAAGGGCCCCAUCAAGAAGUGGGAAUGGAAACCUAACUCCUUCGACAACAUCACCUUGCUAGGCGCUGGCUCUGGUAUCACCCCGCUAUUCCAAUUGGUGCACCACAUCUCGCAGAACCCAGAGGACAAGACCAAGAUCAACCUGCUGUACGGAAACAAAACUCCAAACGAUAUCUUGCUAAAGAAAGAAUUGGAUGCAAUCCAAGCCAAGUACCCCGACCAGGUCAAGAUCCACUACUUCGUCGACAAGGCCGAGGGCGGAUUCGAGGGUCACACCGGGUUCAUCACCAAGGAAUACUUGGAAAAGAACAUCCCCGGCCCUGGAGACUCCCACCAAGUGUUCUUGUGCGGUCCCCCACCCUUCAUGCAGGCUUACUCGGGACCUAAGGCCUCUCCUCAGGACCAGGGCGAACUAGUUGGUAUCUUCAAGGAGUUGGGCCAUGCUAAGGACCAUGUCUUCAAGUUCUGA